CACUGAAGGAGCAGCUGGAUACCAGGCUCUUCGGGCAGCACCUGGCCAAGGACGUGGUGCUGAAGGCGGUGAUGGGCUUCAGCAACAACCCCAGCCCCAAGAAGCCGCUGACACUCUCGCUCCACGGCUGGGCCGGCACCGGCAAGAACUUCCUUGCCCAAAUCCUGGCAGAGAAUGUCCAUCGCACCGGCCUGCGCAGCAAGUUUGUCCAUCUCUUCCUGGCCACCCUGCACUUCCCCCACCACGACCAAGUCAAAUUCUACAAGGAACAACUGCAGAACUGGAUUCGGGGCAAUGUCAGUGCCUGUCCCCACUCUGUCUUCAUUUUUGAUGAGAUGGACAAAAUGCACCAGGGUCUCAUUGAUGCCAUCAAGCCAUUCCUAGACUAUUACGAGCAGGUUGAUGGAGUGUCCUACAGAAGAGCCAUCUUCAUCUUCCUCAGCAAUGCAGGUGGUGACUUAAUUAAUAAAGCAGCUUUUGACUUCUGGACAAGUGGAAAGCGCAGGGAAGAGAUUCAGCUGAAAGACCUGGAGCCCUUGCUAUCUGUAGGAGCCUUCAAUAACAAGAAUAGUGGACUGUGGCACAGCAGCCUCAUUGACAGGAACCUCAUUGACUACUUUAUCCCCUUCCUGCCCCUGGAGCACAAGCAUGUGAAGAUGUGCAUCAGGGCUGAAAUGAUAGCCCGUGGCUAUGCUGUCGAUGAGAAGAUUGUUCAAGCAGUGGUUGACGAGAUUACGUUCUUCCCAAAAGAGCAGAAAAUCUACUCUGAUAAAGGCUGCAAGACUGUACAGGCCAGGCUGGAUAUUCACGAAGAUCUUGCCAUGAGAGAUACGAAAGCCAAGGACUGA